AUGGGGGUAUUGUUUCCCAAGAUCAACGACGAGUCGCGAGUGCUGGAGCUAAACAGUACAGAGUACCGACUGAGGGGAAAUAAAAUCGAUACCGCCAAGUAUAGCGUGGUCACCUUCCUCCCCAAGUCCCUCCUCCUCCAGUUCACCAGGCUCUCCAACGUCGUCUUCCUCGCCAACGCAGUCCUGCAGUCCAUCCCCAUCAUCUCCACCAUUUCUCCCCUCACCGCCAUCGGACCGCUCGCCUUCGUGCUCAGCCUCAGCAUGCUCCGCGAGGGCUACGAGGACUAUGUGCUCAGAGAGGGAGAGUUUCGCGUGGUGGAGUGGGACCAGGUGCGGCCGGGGGACUUCGUGAAGAUCCUCAACGGAGAAGUGGUCCCCGCUGAUACGCUGCUGCUGGUUUCGUCCUCAGAAGCGGGCAUCUGCUACGUGGAGACUGCCAACCUCGACGGAGAGAGCAACCUCAAGGAGAAACGCACAGUUACCGAAAUCUCCCACCUCUCCACGGGGCAACUGGAGGCGCUGCGAGGCACGGUGACUGCCGAAAAGCCUACUCCUAACCUGUACGAAUUCUCAGGGAAGGCUUAG